ACCACCACAACAACUUCUCUGCCUCUUCUUCAUCAUCGUCCUUUUUCUUUUCUUCAUUGUCUUCCGGUUCUUGCAUGGCAGUGAGCUUUUUAAGGCACGAGGUAUCUGACCUCUGUCUGGGCAAGCCGGCUUUGAGGUCUCUCUCCAUCUCCGCCACCGUCGCUGAUGCCGUUGAAGCCUUGAGGACCUCGGAAGAUAACUUCAUCAGCGUCUGGGAUUGCAACCACCACUCCAAGAGUCUCGCCGGCGACCAGUGCCGCUGUGUUGGGAAGGUUUGCAUGGUCGACGUCAUUUGCUAUCUUUCUAAGGAUGAGAACCUGUCGUCUCCAUCUGCUGCGCUGAAGGCACCCGUCUCUGAAAUCUUGACAAAGAUUCCGGGAACUGUUAUGCACGUCGAGCCAUCUUGCAGCUUAUUGCAGGCCAUUGAUCUAAUUCUCCAAGGAAACCAGAACCUGGUAGUACCAAUUCAGACCAGGCAAAGCAGCACUUUAAGAAGAAAACAGUUCCCAAAAUCUACAAACCAAAUGGCCACAACAACCAAUCACAACGGUCAAGAAUUCUGCUGGCUAACACAGGAAGACGUAAUCCGAUUCCUUCUGAGCUCGAUCGGGGUCUUCUCUCCCAUGCCUGCUCUCUCAAUCGACUCUCUCGGCAUCAUCAACACUAUAGACAUCUUGGCCAUCAACUACCACUCCCCGGCAAGCUCCGCCGUCCAGCUGAUAACUCAGUCACUCGAGCAGCAAACCUCAGUGGCUGUUGUGGACAGUGAUGAUGUGUUGAUCGGUGAGAUCUCGCCUUUCACUCUGGCCUGCUGUGACGAGUCGGUGGCUGCAGCCAUCGCCACUCUGUCUUGCGGAGAGCUCAUGUCCUACAUUGACUGUGGAGGACCACCAGAGCACUUGAUCAAGAUUGUCACGGAGAGAUUGAAGGAGAGGAAGUUAAAAAGAGCUUUGGAAAAUUACUCAUCAGUAAUUAAUGCCUCUGCAAACUCAAUGUCGUCGUCUUCUUCUUCUUCUUCAUCAGAUGAGGAGUCCUCUGUAUCUUCAAGUAGUAGCAAACUCAGGUCUGCAGGAAGAUUUAGUAGGUCAAAUAGCUACUCGGCUAGAAUGGUGAGAAGGUCUGAGGCCAUAGUUUGUCAUCCAAAGAGUUCGUUGGUGGCUGUGAUGAUUCAGGCUAUUGCUCAUAGAGUGAACUAUGUCUGGGUUAUUGAGGAUGACUAUAACUUGGUGGGUGUUGUCACUUUUACCGGCAUGUUAGAGGUUUUCCGGGAACACUUGGAGACCAUGAUCUAGAAUGUAUAUAUGUUUUGGUAAAUGCUUUGGUAAUUCACUUGAUGAAAUGAUUUCCAGUGGACUCAUUGCUGAAGUGGCACUAGGGUCACUUAUAAUGAUCGAGUUUACAGGAAUGAGAGAAAUAAAA